AUGGACAAGCUUCCAGCAUAUCAUGAACCUCGGCACCGAGUGGAACGACCCAGAAAAGCGAACGCCGCGUUCAAGAGUCUGUUAGCGGCUGUUCUGCUCGCGACAGUAUCUCUGACCUACUUGAGUGCAAACCUGGGCAGCAGAGAACCGGCCACGAAAAUCCCCAUAAAUGCCGACAAGAUUAUCAACCAGUGCAAAGCGUUGAACGUCAUCCCGGGGCCACCUUCUAACUUCCACCAACGAACAGAGUCCGACAGGUUCGAAGCAGGGACACUCCCGGUACUCAUCCGGAAUGCAACGCUGUGGACAGGUGCCAACGAUGGCAAGGAGGUCAUCAAAGGGGACUUGCUUUUAGCCAAUGGGCUUAUCAAGGCUGUAGGAGAGGUGGAAAGUGUGCAAUUGAAGGCUUACGCGGAUCUCUUGACGGUGGACGCCAAUGGUGCAUGGGUCACUCCUGGAAUCAUAGACGUCCACUCCCACAUGGGAGCUGACAGCGCGCCGGAACUCAACGGUGCAACUGACUACAACUCGUUCAAAGGCCUCACUCUGCCAUGGAUGAGAGUCGUGGAUGGUAUCAACACUCACGACGAAGCAUACCGCCUUUCAAUCUCUGGGGGGGUUACGACUGCGAACGUCCUUCCAGGAUCUGCAGAUGCUAUAGGUGGUCAGGCUUUCACUGUCAAACUUCGACCAACUAAGGAGCGAACCACCACUUCACGUCUUCUGGAACCCCCAUUCUCGCUCAAUGCUUCAGCUUCUGUCCUCUCAGACAGACCUAGAUGGAGGCAAAUGAAGCAUGCGUGCGGCGAAAACCCAAGUCGCGUGUAUGAUGGGACAAGGAUGGACACGCAAUGGGCCUUUAGACAAGCUUAUGAUACGGCAAGGAAGAUCAAAGUCAGCCAGGAUGAAUACUGUGCCAAAGCCCUUGCUGGACAGUGGGAUGGUCUGGGCUCUUUCCCUGAAGACUUGCAAUGGGAAGCACUAGUCGAUGUCUUGCGAGGACGCGUCAAGGUUCACAAUCAUUGCUACGAAGCUGUCGAUCUAGACAACAUGGUUAGAUUAACACACGAGUUCAACUUCUCAAUUGCUGCAUUCCACCAUGCACACGAGACCUAUCUUGUGCCUGACCUACUAAAGAAUGCCUACGGUUCACCUCCUGCAAUCGCACUCUUCGCAACAAAUGCCCGCUACAAGAGAGAAGCGUAUCGUGGCUCAGAAUUUGCGCCCCGUAUCCUCGCCGACAAUGGUCUCAGGGUUGUGAUGAAGAGCGACCAUCCUGUUCUCGACUCCCGCUUCCUGCUCAACGAGGCACAGCAAGCGCACUACUACGGUCUUCCAGAGAACUUGGCCCUCGCCUCUGUCAUUUCUAACCCAGCAAUCGUUUUGGGCUACGAUCAUCGAAUUGGCUUCCUCAAGAAAGGCUACGAUGCGGACGUCGUUAUCUGGGACAGUCACCCUCUUCAAAUCGGCGCUACACCAAAGCAAGUCUACAUCGACGGUAUCGCCCAACUCAAAGAUCCACAUACGGUUCAGAAGCCAGAAGCGCUGCAGGAAGCCCCGAGCACACCUGAUUUCGAUGACGAAGUCAAGGCAACCCUUGAAUACGAGGGUCUCCCUCCCCUUGCCCCGCACAAGGCGAAGGGUGACGUUAUCAUCUUCAGAGGGGUCAACAGCCUCCACGUCCGUGAAGGGUUCUCAGUCAAAGAGGUCUUCAAUUUCGAUCCUGGUCUGAAAGACGAGUGGACCUUUGUUGCUUUCCUAGAAGGUGAACUACUCUGCGAUGGUGUGCGCGAACCCGACUGUCUGGAAGAACUCCAGUCCAGUCAAGCGACCACGAUCGAUCUCCUAGGUGGCUCCAUCUCUCCAGCCCUAAUUAGCUACGGCAGCAUUUUGGCGCUUAAUGACAUCGAUGGAGAGCCUUCCACCAACGACGGUCGCAUUGUUGACCAACUCACUUCUUCCAACUCUGGAUUACUCGGAAAAGGUCCUCUCAUCCGUGCUGUUGAUGGCCUCCAAUUCGAAACUCGGGAUGCUCUGCUUGGAUACAAGGCAGGGGCGACAGUCGGAGUGACCGCGCCAUUCGGCGGAAAGUUCUUGAAGGGGCUUUCCACCGCUUUCGACACUGGUGCUUCCCACAAGCUGGCCAAGGGUGCUAUCGUUCAAGAAGUCACUGCCGUUCACGUUUCGCUUCUCUACUCGGAAGGUGUACCCAGUAUCAGCACUCAAAUUGCUGCCUUGAGGAAUCUUUUGAAUGGAGGGGGAGAGGGUGAUUUGGGCAAGUAUUUCUCCCGGGUUGCAAAGGGCGAUCUCCCGCUUGUCAUUGAUGUGCAAAGCGCCGACAUCAUGGCUUCCCUUAUCCAACUGAAGGAAGAGAUCGACAAGCACCACAAGAGAGUCAAGUUUACCUUUGUUGGUGCCACCGAGGCCCAUCUCCUCGCCAAGGAGAUUGGGGAGGCGGGCAUUGGUGUCAUCUUGGCUCCUGCUCGACCUUAUCCCGACCAAUGGAGGAAGAAACGAUUCUUGCCUGGCCCUCCCCUCUCUGCUGAUACAUCCGCUGUUGUGCUGCGUGAACACAACGUCACCGUUGGUCUCGGUAUCAUCGAGCAAUGGCAAUCACGAAAUAUUCGGUUUGAUGUUGGAUGGACCGCCCUGGAUUCCAGCGGACGAAUCUCCAAGACCGAAGCGAUCGAAUUCGCCACAGGCAACCUGGAGAAGCUGCUGGGAAUUAAGAAACCUAACCUUGACCUCGUCGCUGUCAGAGGAGGAUCGCUCCAUGACUUUGAGGGCCAGGUCGUGGGCAUCAUCUCCUCUCGCCAGGGUGGCGUCAACUUGGUCUAA